AUGGCGACUUUAAUACAAGUCACUUGUUUCUUAUUGCUGAUUGGUACAGCGCAGAGCUGGCUGUUUCCGUCGACUUUUUUCGAUGAAUCGCCAAUGAACGGCACAGCAAUUUCAUCGAUGUUCGACGAAAUGAACAAGAUGAUGGCUGCCAUGCAUCAACGUUUUCAACACUUGAUGAAUUCAGCACCAUUUCCGUCGGAUAACACAGACGAUCAACAGCAACUCGAUGCUGUUGAGCCUGUUUGCAACACAACCGUCAGCUCGUCAUCGCCAUCUGUGCCAUAUCGUCGAAAGAAGUUCCGCCAAGCAAAAUUGACAACAACGACAUGUAUCAAAGAAUUGGUUGUCAACGGAAAGAAACAAAUCUUCAAAGCAACGAAUGUCACAGACGAAAACGGUGUUUUGAUAUCCCAAAAUAAAAUUUAUCAGACAAUUUCGAUCAGCACCAGCAAUCAAACUCUUCCAGCAGACAUUAUCGCAUAUUAA